CGUUUAAGAACUUUGAUAUUUUGGUCCCCCGAAGAUCUGGGUGUCUGUUGUUAAUGACCUCGUAGAAGGAGGAGGUGAAAAUGUUUUCGUCUAGGGGAUUGUUGCUGUGUCGGAGAUUAGCGUCAACUUCGAAGAGUAUACAGAGGCGUACGUUUAUGCUGAAACCACCUCUAAAUGGCGGUGGCGAAUAUGUAUACCGAUCAGCUCCAAAACCACAUGCAAAAAUUACAAUAUUCUUAGCAGAAGCAGUUGGAGCCUACAUGUGGUGGUGGAUCCUGUGGCACCUUUGGCAUGAACCAGAGCAUAUUACAGGCGAAUUUCCAUAUCCUGAUCCAUCAAAAUGGACAGACGAAGAGCUAGGCAUACCACCAGAUGAAGAGGAAUAAACGAGAAUUGUUUCUUUAGUGCUGCAGAAUUUAUUUCUAUUUAUAUAGAUUAAGAACUGUUUGUGAAUUUGUAUAUAAAGUGUAAAUUGUAAUGUAUUCAGUCUGGUCUGUGAGCUCUUGCAAACAUAAUUUGGAUGUGUAAUGCACGUUCUCAGACUUUUCAAGUAAAGCGUGAAUCACACUUCCAUUUUUAUCUGUGGGUUUAAUAAAGACAGUUUGGAUGCAACUAAAAUAA